ACAGGUAGAUAUUUACUGGCACGAGGUCGCUCACCGUCGUCUGUCUCGGGAGUGAUCGCGAAGCCGAGCAGAGAUUCACAUUCAGCAAAAGGGAGAUUCUUCUUGUCCAACAUGAUAAUUAGACAACUAUUCCGAUGUCCAGUAGUGGCAUUGCAAGGACCAUCUAAAACACCUUUGUCAUUAAUACCAGGGAUUCAGGGAAAAUGUUGGAACAGCAACACUGCAGAGGCUCCUAGACCCGAGACAAGUGAAGCAGCAGUAACAGUAGGACAGCUGGAUGCAGGGAAAUCAACAGCUAAACUAAGCAAGGCCAUGAAGGCUUAUAUUGAAAGGGCAAAAUCUCAUGAUGCAUUCAUGUUCGAGCAAAUUAGUGAGUAUGAGAUUGGAAGACGACACUUGGCCAACAUGAUGGGCGAAGAUCCUGAAACAUUCACUCAAGAAGAUAUUGAUAAUGCUAUUGCAUAUUUGUUGCCAUCGGGAUUGUUUGAACCUAAAGCACGGCCAUUGAUGAAACACCCAACAGAAGUCUUUCCAAAAAGGAAAGCAGCAGAAUUUGAUGAGUUAGGCCGUCCUUUCCACACACUUUUCUACACAGGACGUCCUGUAUACUUUCAGGUCCUACAUGAUAUAACUACUCAUGUCCAGAAUCUGGAUCGCUUUGCUGAUAGAAUGACGAGGUACAGCAUCAACAAGGAUAAAGAGAGAGCACUGAACUUGGGAAGCAGUAAGUGGGUGAGCAAGGAGCAAUUUGAAUCCAUCAUAGUGGAAAGUAUUCAAGAUAGGCAUUAUGACUUCUUUAUAAAAUCAAUGAAUCGAUUGGUUGAUCAUCCCUAUUCAUACCGUGUGGAAGAAUUUAUCAUGAAAUUCCGCAAAAGUGUAUCUUCUUCUUCAGAACAAGAGAUUCCAAAGUUGAUAUUUACAACAGAAGGUGUACCAUACAUGACUGCUUCUGGGAGGAGGAAGACAGCAAAAGCAAAUGUGACUGUGUAUGGCAGGGGCACUGGUAAAAUCACAAUAAAUGGUCAAGACAUCCUCUACUUUAACAAUCCUCAAGAAAGAGAACAGGUGGUUUUUCCUCUGCAAUUUACUGAUACGCUGGAAACGGUAGAUGUGGUUGCUGAAGUGCAGGAGGGAGGGAGUUCUGGUCAAGCUGGAGCAGUAAGACAUGGAAUUGCUUUAGCACUGAGAUCAUUUGUUGACAAAGAGAUGGUUGAGAAAAUGAGACUAGCUGGCCUUCUAACAUAUGACCCAAGAAGAAGAGAAAGGAAGAAGCCAGGACAGAAAGGAGCAAGAGCUAA